AUGUCGUGGAGAAGCAACGUCGGCCAGACCGGCGCCAACACCAUCCCGCUCGGCAAUCGUCGUCGCUUUGGCGGUGAGGAUGAUGGCGACUUCGACUCGGCGCCUCCUCCACCACCCGCCCCUUCUGACAACAAGCGCGGUCGCAGUCCUGAGCGGCGCGAGCCUGAGCUCAACCCCGACGGCACUAAGAAGCGUCGCAAGCGUAACAGAUGGGGCGAGGCGUCGGAGAACAAGGCGGCCGGGUUGAUGAACCUUCCCACGGCCAUCACCGCGCCCAUGACUGCUGAGCAGCUGGAUGCCUAUGUCACACAUUUGCGUGUCGAGGAGAUUAGCCAAAAGCUGCGCAUCAACGAUGUCGUGCCUGCUGAUGGCGAUCGCUCCCCCUCCCCACCGCCGCAGUACGACAACUUCGGUAGACGUGUCAACACCCGCGAGUACCGCUACCGCAAGAAGCUGGAGGAGGAACGUCAUAAGCUUAUCGAAAAGGCGAUGAAGAUCAUCCCGAGCUACCAUCCACCAUCAGACUACCGCAGGCCUACCAAGACUCAGGAGAAGGUCUAUGUGCCAGUCAAUGACUAUCCAGAAAUCAACUUCAUCGGCCUACUGAUUGGACCGCGUGGCAAUACGCUCAAGACCAUGGAGAAAGAAUCCGGUGCCAAGAUCGCCAUCCGAGGCAAAGGCUCCGUCAAGGAAGGCAAAGGCAAAUCCGAUGCCGCUCACGCCAGCAACCAGGACGAAGAUUUGCAUUGCUUGAUCAUGGCCGAGACUGAAGACAAGGUCAACAAGGCCAAGAAGCUUAUCCACAACGUCAUCGAAACUGCCGCCUCUAUCCCAGAAGGUCAGAACGAACUCAAGCGUAAUCAGCUCCGAGAGCUCGCUGCACUCAAUGGCACGCUCCGUGACGACGAGAACCAAGCCUGCCAGAACUGUGGCGAGAUCGGCCACCGCAAGUACGACUGCCCACAGGCUCGUAAUUUCACCGCCAGCAUCAUCUGCCGUGUCUGUGGCAACGCUGGACACAUGGCCCGCGACUGUCCUGAUCGUGCUCGCGGCGCAGACUUCCGCAACUUGCCUCCUCGACGUGCCGUUGGUGCUGGUCCCGAGGAUGAUUACGACAAGUUGAUGAACGAGCUUGCUGGUGGCACUUCGGGCGACCCUUCCAAACAGAUUGGAUGGCAGGAAGGUGGUGCUGGUGGUGCUCCCGUCAAUGGAGGUGGCGAAGCUGUGGCGCCGUGGAAGCAGCAGCAGCCCGCAGGUGGUCCAGCUCCGUGGCAGCGCCAGCCACCUACCGGUGGUCCUGCUCCUUGGGCUCGUGGUGGCCAAGACAACGGCAAUGGUGGUGGCUAUGGCGGCGGCUAUGGCGGCGGCGGCGGCGGCUACAAUGAUCGUCAGCCCACUGGCGGUCCUGCUCCAUGGCAGCAACGCCAACAGUCCGGCGGCGCGGCUCCCUGGGCUCGCGGUGGACAAGAUAACGGCGGGUACGGCGGCCAACAGGAUUUGAACGGUGGAGGAUAUGGUGGAGGUGGCUAUGGCAAUGGAGGCGGAUACAAUGGUGGUUAUCAAGCUGGUGGAGCUGCUCCAUGGCAGACAAAUGCUCCGCCGCCUCCUCCGCCUGGCGAUGUCCCGCCUCCACCUCCUCCAGGUGAUGUGCCCCCACCGCCACCACCGCCUGCUUAG